AAUGGUUAUUAACGCUUUAACUGAUGAAAAAUCAAUACAUAUUCCUUAUCGAGACAGUAAACUUACCAUAAUUCUUCAAGAAUCUCUUGGUGGUAACUGCCGGACAAUUUUGAUUAUAAACAGUUCACCUUCCUCUUUCAAUGAAGCAGAAACUUUGAGUACGUUAAGAUUCGGUAUGAGGGCUAAGACCAUUAAGAAUAAGAUUAAAGCCAAUGCUGAACUCGGCCCUGCUGAGCUUAAAGCUCUUCUUAAUAAUACAAAAUAUAAAGCUGUUAGCUUCCAAACAUAUAUUGCAGCCCUCGAAGAAGAAAUUGGUCUAUGGCGUUCUGGUGGUAGUGUACCAAAAGGUAAAUGGGUCUCGAUAGAAAAAAUUACAGGUUCAUUACCGGGUACUCCUGAUCAAACCUCAGUUGAACGAGAUGAACGAAAUGAAUUCUUGAUACUGGAAAAUGAACUCAAUGAUCAGAUUGCCGAAAAAGAAUCUGAAUUAACGACCAAGGAAAGCUUCCUUGUUGAGAUAAAUGAGGAUCUUAAGUCUUAUAAAGAACAGAAAGAGACAAUCUUCAAGGAAAACAAUCAAAUGGCAAUUGAACUUAAUGAGCUUAAGGUUCAGUUGGAAAAAGUCACAUAUGAUCAUAAAGAAGAUGCUAUAAUAAUGGACAGUUUACGUGAGCAAAAUUCAGACUUAGCCACCGAGAUCGAAGAACUUAAGAAAGCAAUUUUUGGACUUAAACUAUCUCGUGAUAAAGAACAAAAGAACCUGGCUCAGAUUUUUGUAGAGCUUGAUCCUUCCGAUGCGAUUUCUGCUAAAGAGAAACAAUUUCGUGACACUCUACUCAAACUUGAAAACGUCGAAGGUGAUGGUAGCAUUUCUUUUACUUUAGAAGAACUCGCAACUGUACGUCGUGAAUUGGCUGAAUCGAAAGAGUUGAUUUCAACACACGAACAAUUCAUUAAUGAAGCUCACUAUGAAAAUGAACGCCUGACAAGACAAAGAGAUGAGUUUGAGAUUCGGUUAUCUACCUUAGAGACCGAAUACGAAGAGUUACUAGAAAACAGCAAUAGCAAUAUUGACAUUAUCGAAUCGAUAGCAGAAUUGAGGGGUAAACUUGAGGCUCAAUUCUCUGCCAAGAAAGAAGUACAGCAGAAAGAAAUUGAAGAAUUGAAACAAGAGAUUGAGAAAAAAAAUGAAGAAUUACAUAAACUUUACAGCGCUCUUACUGAUUUAAAAAGGGAAAAUGAAGAAUUACAGAAAAUAAUAUUUCCGAAGAAUGACUCGAAUGAUAAAGAAAAGGAAGGAGAAUCUGAUAACCAGAAAAAUGUUGCAGAUAUAGAAAAAGACAUGGCACAACAAUUGGCUGAUUUUGAUCUUAUGAAGAAAGAUUUAAUGCUCGAUUUACAAAAUCGAUGUGAAAAAUUGGUUGAACUUGAAAUCUCAUUGGAUGAAACACGAGAACAAUAUAAUAAUGUUUUAAGAAGCAACAAUAAUAAAGCAUCGCAAAAAACA